AAUAAAUUAGGCAUAUACAUGCAGCAGUGAGUAGCUAUCAAGCAAAAAUGAACGAAUGACCAGAACGGUGAACUGGAAUAAUGGAAAAAUAGGCGAAAAUGCAUAGAAAACUAAAAUUUAGGAUUAUUUUUCUAGUUUUUCUAAUCAUUUUCAUCUUCUCAACUCAAGCUCAAUUCUUUAAAUAUUCAGAAGAAUUCACCAACAUAAAUCAAUAUGCAGAUGUCGAAAUUGAAAAGCAUUACUCUAGAAAUCUGCUAAGUGAAAGAAUAACGAAUUGUACACCGGCUUCAAUCGACCAGUUUCCAGAUGAUUUGUUUACAAUUGAACAACGAAAAUAUGGCGCAAUUCUAUUACAUAUUUUUGCCUGCCUUUACUCUUUUAUCGGUUUGUCAUUAGUUUGUGACGAUUAUUUUGUACCAUCUUUGGAAUCGAUAUCUGAGGCACUGCAUUUAAGAUCAGAUGUUGCUGGAGCUACCUUUAUGGCUGCGGGAACUUCGGCUCCUGAACUUGCUGCUACAAUUAUAGGAGUUUUUAUCGCAAAAGAUGAUGUUGGUUUAGCCGCCGUAGUUGGUUCUGCAGUUUUCAACUUGUUAUUUGUGAUUGGAUUUUGUGCUGUUGGUGCCGGAACUAUAGUUUAUUUAGAGAAGUGGCCAUUGUUCAGAGAUUGUUCCUUUUAUACCGUUAGUAUAGGAGUUUUAGUAGCUGUUAUUUAUGACGGUAGAGUCUACUGGUACGAGUCUGUGUUACUAUUAUGCCUAUACUUGGUAUAUAUCUUCAUAAUGUAUUGGAACGAAACGAUAAAUAGUUGGUUAAAUCGAAAGAGCAGAAAGGAGAAGCUGCUAGAGGAAAUAAAUAUUGGAGACGAAGAAGAGGAUACGGAAGAAACAGAUAUAUUACUUGUGCCUGGUAAAGACGAUAUAGAAGCCGAUAAAGACAGCGAAGAUGAUGAUAAGCAUAUAUUAGCACCCCCUAAUCAUAAACUGAAAUUAUGUUGGUGGAUAUUAACAGUCCCAAUAAGCUGUUUACUUUACAUCACUGUGCCUGAUUGCCGUAAAAAGAGGUGGAAAAAGUGCUUUACUGUAACAUUUAUUAUGUCCGUUGUUUGGAUAGGGAUCUAUUCAUAUUUAUUGAUGUGGAUGAUAACAGUGAUUGGAUAUACAUUCCAUAUUCCUGAUACAAUUAUGGCGAUUAUUUUCUUAGCUUUUGGUGUUAGUAUGCCAGAUGCCAUAGCUAGUUGGAUCGUUGUAAAAAAUGGACUUGGAGAUAUGGCUGUUUCAAAUGCAGUUGGAAGUAAUGUGUUCGAUAUAUUAUUGUGCCUUGGUUUACCUUGGACCCUUAAGAUAUGCAUUUCAAAAAAUUGGGAUCCAGUCAUUGUGUAUAGUAGAGGUUUAACUUAUUCAUCUAUAACGCUGCUAACAACUGUCGUGCUAUUGAUCGGGUCUGUCCAUCUAAAUGGCUGGAAGUUGAACAAGAAGUUAGGAUUUUCCCUGUUAUGUUUGUACGUUACUUACAUUAUAAUUGCUAGCCUUUACGAGUUGAAUAUCUUUGCUCAAGUUCAUCCUCCAACUUGCUCUUGAAUAAAAAUUUCUCUUACUAAAUAAAUACACAAGUUUACACUCAACUUUUUGCUU